AUGUCAGUUUGUAUAACAUUUGCAUAUUACGCAGGAAUAUGUGAGGGAACAUGUGCGAGCAUUUGCAUGUUGGCCGACCUGUUGCUGACGUUGUUUCGGGUUUCAAAACUACACCAGUACCGACACACAGACACAAACUCUUCCUUUUCCUUUCGCUUCCUCUCUCUGUCUCUCUCUCUCUCUCUCUCUCUGUGCCACUCUCUCUGUCUCUGUCUGUCUCUCUCUUUUCGAUUACUUAAUUCCUACCGCUCUUUCUCCUCAAACCAUGAUAUUGUCUUGCUCGCUCAUGGAUAUACAUGCGCAAAAGUGACAAUGCAAGCACGAGGUCAAAGUUCGUAUCUAACCAAUUCAUUCUCUCACUCUCACAAACUCUCACUCUUUUUCUCUAUAAUUUUUCCUCGUCCAUUUUUCUGUUGCAUUUUUUACAUUCUCUCUCUGCGUCAUUAUGGAGCCGCCGCAAUGCCAGGGGCUUAUGCUAACAUCUCCUCAACUGGUGUUAACCAUGUCAAAGCCAACCGUGAAAGAGAAAAGCAAGAUAUGAGAGACCUGAACGAAAGGUUUGCUAACUACAUUGAGAAGGUUCGAUUCUUGGAAGCCCAGAACAAGAAAUUGGCCGGCGAACUUGAAGAGCUCAAAUCGAAAUGGGGCAAAGAAACCUCUGCUAUUAAGGAAAUGUACGAAACUGAACUUGAAGAAGCGAGAAAACUGAUUGAUGCCACGAACAAAGAAAAAAUUACCUUGGACGUGAGAGUAACUGAAUUAAUAGAUCAACUAGAAAGACAACAAAAAGACCUAGAAGAAAGUCGUACAUACCAUCAAAUUGAUCAGGAACAAAUUGCUAGGCAAAACCAGCAACUUGCUGACUUGGAAGGUGAGAUUAGCAUGCUCCGCCGGUCUAUUGAAUCUCUCGAGAAAGAAAAGAUGAGACAAUCCAACAUUUUAGCCAAGAUGAACGACGAAAUGGAAAAACUACGAAUGGACUUAAAUAACGAGACUAUAAAUCAUUUGGAUGCUGAAAACCGCAGACAAACAUUAGAGGAAGAACUUGAAUUCCAAAAAGAUGUCCAUGCCCAGGAAUUGAAGGAACUCGCCGCAUUGGCUUAUCGUGAUACAACUGCCGAAAACCGUGAGUUCUGGAGAAACGAACUGGCCCAGGCAAUCCGUGACAUUCAACAAGAGUAUGACGCCAAAUGUGACCAAAUGAGAGGAGAUAUCGAAGCUUAUUACAACCUUAAGGUUCAAGAAUUCCGUACAGGUGCUACUAAACAAAACAUGGAGGUUACACGUAACAAGGAAGAAAAUACUAAACUGAGAAGCAAUAUGACUGAAAUCCGUAACAGACUUGCUGAUCUGGAAGCCAGGAAUGCUCAGCUGGAAAGAACAAACCAAGAUUUGUUGCGCGAUCUGGAAGAAAAGGAUAGACAGAAUGAACUGGAGAGUUGUCAAUACAAAGAAGAAAUCACCAAACUUCGUGGAGAAAUGGAAAGUAUCCUCAAGGAGCUUCAAGAUUUGAUGGACAUCAAAUUGUCUCUGGAAUUAGAAAUUGCUGCCUACAGAAAAUUGUUGGAAGGUGAAGAGAGCAGAAUUGGGAUGAAGCAGAUAGUGGAACAAGUUGUCGGAGCCAGACCUAACGAGGCAGAGGUGCUGUCUACGAUACUGAACAGGUCGGAGGGCGGCUAUGAAGCCACAGGUGAUUCUCAAAUCUCAAUGAAAAUGAUGCGUGGGGAGUUGGCUGCCAAAACUACUUAUCAAAGAACAUCCAAAGGACCAGUAUCCAUCAAGGAAGCCGACUCUCAAGGAAGCUGCAUUGCCUUGGAAACCAAAAAGGAAGAGAAUUUGACAGGCUGGAAUAUUGUAAGAAAAGUUGAUGACAACAAAAUUUACACAUAUGAAAUACCUAAUUUGGUUCUGAAACCCGGAACGGUUGUCAAGAUAUGGUCCAAGAACCACCAGGCACAGGCUCGUGGUGAUGAUUUAGUCAGCAGAGAGAAUGAUACGUGGGGAACUGGGUCCAAUGUUGUCACCAUUCUGCAGAACGAGAAAGGCGAGGAGAAAGCAAACUACACUCAAAAUACCGUAUACUCGUAA